CUUAUCUUGACACUUUUUAACUAUCGACUAAUUCUGAUUGAGGGUUGCCACUUUCGAACGAUAAAGUAAUGUUUUUUGCGGGGUAAUUGAGUGAAGGAAGGUCCAGCCUUGAUUUGUCACGAGAUAUCGUAUCAGCUCCGGUUACGGGGAUUGCGUCGAUGAUAAAACGGCCAACUUCAACGUCUGAUAGCAUCUUUCUGUUCUCAAACCUUAUCUCUCGUCUUUUUACAGCUUAGUUUGAAGUUGGUUCUCUCAACUAUGGCUCGUGCGGUGGCACCACUAAACAAGGACUCCUCCAUCCUCAUCAUCGGAGCGGGCACAUUCGGUAUCAGCACAGCUUAUCACCUGGCUAAGCGUGGCUAUACCAACAUCACUUGUAUCGACCGGCACCCAUGGCCAAGUCUAGACUCUGCUGGUCAUGACUUGAACAAAGUGAUGCGUACUGAAUACGAUGAACCACUUUACACGCGACUCGCUUUAGAAGCCCUUGAAGCAUGGAGGGAUCCGAAAUGGCAUGACGUGUUUUUCGAAACGGGACGUAUCACAACUACGAUGGGCGACAAGAAGGCCGAGCACUUCCUUGAGAAGUCUUAUGAGAACCUCAAGAAGGAAGGCAAAGCGAAGAAUCUGGAGCUCAUCAGCGGCAGAGACGAGAUUGUCAAACGUGUUCCCCAACUGAAGAAUGCCGUCGGGAUCGAGAACUGGAAAGGUCUCUACAACAGUCUCGGUGGUUGGGUUCACGCUCGAAAAGCCCUUGAGAAAUGGGCAUUUGAGUCUGAGAAGACGGGCGUCAAAUUCGUCUCAGGCAAUGGCGGUACAAUGACUGGUCUUGAGCUAGAUACUUCCGGCUUGAUGACGGGAAUCCGUGUCGCUUCUGGUGAGGUUCUUCAUGCAGACCACUACAUUCUCAGCACAGGUGCUGCAUCACCACAACUACUACCCGAGCUGUCACAACAGCUUUGGUCAAAGUGCUGGACCUUGGGUCAUAUCCAGCUUACUGAUGAAGAAGCUGCCGAGUGGAAAGGAGUUCCGGUGAUUGACAACUACGAGCUUGGGUUCAUGUUUGAACCAGAUCCAGAUACAAAGUUGAUUAAGAUCUGCGACAACAACCCUGGCUAUCAAUACCAAAAAGGCACUUUCGUCGACGAGAACGGCAAGACAACUCACUACUCCAUCCCCCGCUACUCGAGCGACCAUCCACAAGACGGCAUCCCCCGUGAAGCCGGAGUCGCCAUCAGAAAAUUCAUCAACACCGUCAUGCCUCAAUUCUCGGACCGUCCUCUUCUCGAUACACGUGUAUGCUGGUGCACUGAUUCGCCCGAUGCACACUGGCUGAUCGAUCUCCAUCCCAAACAUAAAGCUCUUCUUCUUGCAACGGGGGAUUCUGGACAUGCGUUCAAGAUGUUUCCAAUUAUUGGGAAGUAUAUCGCUGAUGCGUUGGAAGGUCGUGAGACGGGAUUGAGGAAGGAAUGGGCUUAUGGGGGACGCGUUGCGAAGCCGACUUCGCAUAGACCUGAUACUGAGAUUAAGGACCUGAGGGAUGUCAUGGGUCUCAGAACUGAAACGAAGCUGUAGACUAUCUUAUACUUAAACUACUUGAAGUCCUUGGUGAAAGAGAAUAUCUAUGAGGCUGGUGAGAUGUAGA